GUGAAAGUUUAGAAUCAGUCUCUUGUCGUCCGGCUGUAUCACAGUGUCAGUUUGAAGGUUAAACAUAAAUCAAUAUUCGCAAAUACUUUUCUCCGCACAAUCAAACAUGAAAAAUUUGCGGAAAAUCAGUUUGAAACUUAAAACACGUUUUGAGAAAAAUGAAGAAGAGCAAAAGGAGUCGUCUAUAGUACAAGAAUCAGAUGAUAAGGAGAAGCAGAAGAAAAUCCCUAGGAAUCCCGAGUAUGUGGCAGCAGUGAACGUGUGCCUGGGCGCAUUGGGAACGGGCACCAUCAUGGGCUGGACGAACAACAUCAUGGUCAAAUUACAAUCCGGUUAUUUGCACGGAAUGAAACUCAGCGAGGACCAAGUCUCCUGGUCGGCCUCUUUCAUGGCCAUUGGGGCCAUGCUGGUGUGCAUUCCAACUGGUAUACUUUUGGAUACGAUCGGCAGAAAACCGACUGUGUUGCUGGCCUCAAUUCCAUUCUACAUUGGUUGGGCGUGCAUCAUAUUCGCCAAAUUCCCGGUAAUGCUGUACGCCGGCAGGUUCUUCUGCGGGUUCGCCGGCGCUUCUUUUUGCGUGUCUGCGCCCCUGUACACGAGCGAGAUUGCCGAGAGGGACAUUCGUGGCCGUUUGGGCGCCUUCUUCCAGCUGUUCCUUACUCUGGGUAUGCUGUACGCCGUCUUCUUCGGCUGGGCAUUUCCCAUCAUCCUGUUCAACUACGCAUGCGCCAUCGUGCCUUUAGUAUUCGCCUUCCUGUUCCUCCUGCAGCCCGAAUCGCCGGCGUACAACAUGCGCCGGCAGCGUCCUGACAAAGCGGCCAGCAAUUUGGCGCGACUGCGUCACAAAGACCACGAUUGCACUGGCGAACUGGAACGGUUGCAAGCCAGGAUGGCGCCGCAUCUCGUCGAGGAAAAAUUCAUCACGGCUUUCAAAAAUAGGAAAGCGGUGAAGAAGGCAACCUGGGUGUGCCUGAUGCUGACCUUUUUCCAGCAAUGGAGCGGCGUAAGCGGCGUGCUUUUCUAUUCGAAUCGCUUGUUCACAUUGGCCGGAGCUGGACUGUAUAUACCCGAACACUUCACCGUCAUCUUGCAGUCAAUUUUCCAAGUGCUGGGUGCUACUUUUGUUAUGUGGACCGUCGACAGAUUCGGUCGUAAGGCGUUGCUGAUUUUCUCGUCAUCGAUGAUGGCUCUGUCCUCUGCCAGUCUAGGUGUGUUUUUCUCGUUGAUGCGUCAAGACCACGACGACGAGUAUGUCAGCCGCAUCGCCUUUUUCCCGAUUAUUUCCUGUAUUACAUUCGUAGUCGGCUAUUCAAUGGGCAUGGGCCCGAUCCCAUGGUUGCUGCCCACCGAAUUGUUUCCGCCUCACAUCAAGGCAACCGGAUGCUCCAUCAUCGGCGUCUUCAGCUGGUUCCUACUUUGGAUGAUCAGCAGGUUCUACAUAGACGUGCAAAACCUGAUCGGUUACGAUACGCCAUUCUACAUCUUCAGCAUGAUCUCGUUGAGCGGAAUUCUGUUCGUGCUGUUUGUGGUGCCUGAGACGAAUCAGAAAAGUUUCGACGACAUUCUAGAAGAGCUCGAAGUGAGCGCGUACAUUAGAAGCAAGCCAUCCAUGAAGUAGCAACAUACAAGACUGACAACACCUGUUGCUAUCUAUUCUAUCACCUUUUAUAUCAAUAAACACUAAUACGUUCUUUGUAUGUUUAUCGCAAUUAAUUAUAGAGAAACCCAUAGUACUCAAAAAAAAUCUCAAUGGAAAUCAUCUUUUUGAAUAAUCAUUUAGGACAUAGCAAAUUGAAGAUACAAUAAAUAUAAAUAUAUUAUACUGUGACAAAUAGUACUAUUGGCGCCAUCUGUUGGGCGACUCUCCUACUCGCCAGAGCUUAAUGGCCGAUCUCGCGAACCCCGACCGCACAAGCCGCUUGGCGGCGUCUGUGACAGUCGAGCACCUUCUAGAUCGACGCGAAGUGACCUCCGAUAUUCUAGAUGUCGCUAACAGAGCGGAGUGGAGUAUAUUUCAGUCAAUGGCGACAUAAGAAUUGUCAGGCAUAAAUAGUAGUGUACACAAAUGUUCUAUCAAGUUAAAUAAAUUAG